AUGUCUUCCACAUGUGGCAUACUUGCACCACGAAACUCAAUCCCUGCAGCACCGUUACAAAAGUCGAUCGAAUAUGAGGUCAGGACGUUCACCCAAGGGCUCUGGGGCGACCACUCAAUAUACCAAGGGGCGCCGAACGAGACAAAUACCGCAGCAUGGAAGGAGAUAUCUCACCUGGGCAUCAUCAAACUGGACGACAGCCAGAUUUCACAGCUUUCGCAGCCGACUAUCCGCUACAACCGAGAUCCACGAUACUCUGCCGGGGCGAUCGAGAUGUUCCACAAUUUGCACUGCUUGCACCACCUGCGGAUGCAUGUUUGGGCUGAGCAGCCCGAGGUGUUCUACGGUCGAGAUCCGACAAAGGAUGAAGCUGCCGCUCAUAUUGAUCACUGUAUCGACCAUAUCCGACAAGCCUUGAUGUGUCAGGGUAGCACCGAUAUCAUCACGUUCCGCAAAGAUCAUAAAGACCGCACGGUUCCGAAUUUUGACGGACCUCACGUAUGCAGGAAGUACGAGCCCAUUGCGCAAUGGGCGAGAGACCACAAGGCAUGGAACAUGACUCCGGAGGGUGAUGAUGACGACGAGGAUGGACAAAGUAACGAGCAUGAGCAUGGGCGCGGGCAUGAACACUGA